AGUCCACUGUAACUCAUUACCCCUGAAUUAUAUCAGUCCGUGUCCUCCGGACUCUCAAGUAGACCAGUUUUCAUACCGUCAAAUCUAACUUCUCUCGCACGAACCACAAACAUGUUCCGCCUUCCCACUGUGAUGAGACAGGUGCGUCCUGUGUGCAGGGCUCUUGCCCCACACCUCACCCGUGCUUAUGCCAAGGAUGUGAAGUUUGGGGCCGAUGCCCGUGCCCUCAUGCUGCAAGGUGUGGAUCUGCUGGCCGACGCUGUGGCUGUUACUAUGGGACCCAAGGGCCGCACAGUCAUCAUUGAGCAGAGUUGGGGAAGCCCGAAGGUCACCAAGGAUGGUGUCACUGUGGCUAAGAGCAUCGAUCUGAAGGACAGAUACCAGAACAUUGGGGCCAAGCUGGUUCAGGACGUAGCCAACAACACAAACGAGGAAGCUGGGGAUGGCACUACCACAGCCACCGUACUGGCUCGUGCCAUUGCUAAGGAAGGAUUUGACACCAUCAGCAAAGGCGCCAACCCAAUGGAGAUCCGACGUGGCGUGAUGCUGGCCGUGGAGACAAUUAUCGACGAGCUGAAGAAGCUGUCCAGACCAGUCACCACACCAGAGGAGAUUGCUCAGGUGGCAACUAUUUCUGCCAAUGGAGACAGUGAGAUUGGUAAUAUCAUCUCUGACGCAAUGAAGAGAGUGGGCAGAAAAGGUGUGAUUACUGUGAAGGAUGGCAAAACCCUGCAUGAUGAGUUGGAGAUCAUUGAAGGGCUUAAGUUUGAUCGUGGCUAUAUCUCUCCCUAUUUCAUCAACACAGCUAAGGGUCAGAGGUGUGAGUUCCAGGAUGCCUAUCUUCUCCUGAGUGAGAAGAAGAUCUCCACUGUCCAGAGCAUAGUCCCUGCUUUGGAGCUUGCCAACCAGCACCGCAAACCUCUUGUUAUUCUCGCUGAGGAUGUGGAUUCAGAGGCACUGAGCACAUUGGUUCUCAACAGGCUCAAGGUGGGACUGCAGAUAGUGGCUGUGAAGGCUCCUGGCUUUGGGGACAAUCGAAAGAACCAGCUGUAUGACAUAGCUAUUGCCACCGGGGGCACUGUUUUUGGUGACGAGGCUACAGGACUAGCCCUUGAGGAUGUUCAGCCACAUCACUUUGGUCAAGUGGGUGAAGUGGUGGUUACCAAAGACGACUCAAUGCUGCUGAAAGGCAAAGGAGACCCAGCAGCCAUCGAGAAGCGCACCAAUGAGAUUGCUGAGCAGAUCGAGAAUACCACCAGUGACUACGAGAAGGAGAAACUGAAUGAGCGCAUGGCUAAGCUGUCCGACGGAGUGGCUGUACUCAAGAUUGGAGGCACAAGCGAUGUUGAGGUGAAUGAGAAGAAGGAUCGUGUGACUGAUGCCCUGAAUGCCACGCGGGCAGCUGUAGAGGAGGGCAUUGUGCCCGGAGGCGGCUGUGCCCUUCUGCGGUGCAUCCCUGCUCUGGACACCAUCACGCCAGUUAAUGCCGACCAGAAGAUAGGAAUUGAUAUUAUCCGUCGAGCCCUGCGCAUUCCAGCCAUGACUAUUGCAAAGAAUGCUGGGGUGGAUGGCUCUAUGGUAGUGGAGAAGAUCCUGCAGAGUGAUGCUGAUAUCGGCUACGACGCCCUACUCGGGGAAUAUGUCAACAUGGUGGAGAAGGGCAUCAUUGACCCCACUAAGGUUGUGAGGACAGCUCUGCUGGACGCAGCUGGCGUGGCGUCCUUAUUGUCGACGGCCGAAGCUGUGGUCACAGAGAUUCCCAAGGAGGAGAAGGCUCCGGCCAUGGACGGCAUGGGUGGUAUGGGCGGAAUGGGAGGCGGUAUGUUCUAACCGCCACGCCACCAGCCCCAGUCAGACUUAAGUAGAGGGGUGAGUGGCAGACGGACAGGAUGUGCCCUCCACCCCCCCUCACCUGCUGCAAGUGUUAGAAGGAGCUGCCAAAUGGAUGACCCUCCUCACCUCUUAAGGCAUACUACUACUCACCACCCCCAGAAACUUCAGCCACUACUCUCCUCUUCUUUCCCCCUAAACCAGGCCCCUGCUCUACUCUAUGGCUGGAA